AUGGCAUGGCUUUUGUCACCUGAGCCAGAGCCGCAGCCUCAACAUCAGGCCAUUGUCACCGUGCCGGAGCUGGUGAAGGAGCAUGGGGGUCGGGGGCUUGAGGCAAUUCUUGCCUCAAUGCAACUGAGCAGAGACCAGCAAGCUGCCAUCCAGACAGCCACCGGUUCAACUGGGACUUCGUCACAGCAGAUAUUUAUUUUCCCCUCCUUGGGCCAGAUUUCUUUGUGUGCUCAUGGGCUUCUGGUGGACGUUGGAAACAAACGCUUGGUUGAUGCCUUGACGUUUUCCUCCCUCGUGUGUACGGUUGGCAAGGUGGCAUACAACUCAUUGUCAGGUAGUCACAAGUAUCUUGUGUUGUUGGCCGAGUUCUCAGACCUGACGCUGCCCACCUUCUCUGCACCCACCACCAAGCACUCUGCACGCGUCACCAAGGGCGGGGCUGCACCCCUGCCGGCGAAGGUUGAGGCUGUCGCAGCGUUUCUUCGCCCACACAUGGCGCGGUCGCUCCGUGAGUUCCUUGGGAUGGUGACCUUUUACCACCGUUUCAUCGCCCGGGCCGCCCACAUUAUGUGUCCGCUGUAUGAGGCAUUGAAGGGUAAGGCCCCCAUCCAGGAGAUCAGCUGGAUGGCAGAGGCUGAGGUUGAUCUCUUGUGUGACGUCUCCACGGGCCAGCCGCGUCCAGUCGUUCCCGCCAGCUGGAGGCGCUCCAUGUUCGAGGCGGUGCACAACCUGUGGCACCCCGGUGGGAAGCCUUCGCAGCGGAUGGUGGCCGCAAAGUUCGUCUGGCGGGGGCUCAAAAAGGAAUCUUCCUCUCUUUUCUCCUCCUGUAAAUUAAGGAAACAGUUUAAUUUUAAUGAGAUGCACAAGGCUGGUGAUGUGAUCCUCGGUGGUCUGUUUGAGGUUCACUACACCUCUGUCUUCCAUGAGCCGACGUUCACGUCAGAGCCAAAUCAGCUCAGCUGCCAAGGUUUUGACCCUCCAGGGUUUAGACAUGCCAUGACCAUGGCCUAUGCUAUUGAUGAGAUCAACAAAAACCCCAACCUGCUACAGAAUGUGUCUCUGGGAUACAGUCUGUACGACAACUGUGCCACACUUGUAAUUGGAUUCAGUGCUGCAUUGUCACUAGCCAGCGGUCGAGAGGAGCAGUUUCUGCUUCAAGAGACCUGUUUAGGGACCACCCCAGUCCUUGGGAUUGUGGGAGAUCCCUUUUCAACAUUUUCAAUCGCCACAUCUGAUGUGAUAGGUUUAUUCAAAUUGCCCAUGGUCAGUUACUUUGCCACAUGUUCCUGCCUGAGUGAUAGGCGGAGGUUUCCAUCCUUCUUCAGAACAAUCCCAAGUGAUGCUUUCCAGGUGCGUGCUAUGAUUCAGAUUAUGAAACACUUUGGCUGGACUUGGGCCGGUCUGCUGGUCAGUGAUGAUGAUUAUGGCCGCCAUGUUGCCCGAUCCUUCCAAUCUGACUUAACUGAGUCUAUUGGAGGUUGUCUGGCCUACUCUGAGAUUUUGCCCUGGGGUGACAACCCAGCUGAACUUAAGAGGAUUGUCCAUUUAAUGAAGAAAUCAACCGCUCGUGUGGUCAUUGUGUUUGCACAUCAGAUCCACAUGAUUCAACUAAUGGAAGAAGUGGUAAGGCAGAAUAUGACAGGCCUGCAGUGGAUGGCCAGUGAAGCCUGGACUACAGCAACUGGGCUCCAGACACCCGGCUUCAUGCCGUACCUGGGUGGCACCCUGGGCAUUGCCAUCCGUAGAGGAGAAAUAUCUGGGCUUAAGGAUUUUCUACUUAAAACAAGUCCAGACAAGUCCAAUAAUCAUAGAAAUAGAAUGGUAAGUCAGUUUUGGGAAUACACAUUUCGGUGUACAUUUGCACCACCUCCAGCAGGUUGGGUGGAAGCUGGGGGAGCUCUAUGCACUGGGCAGGAAGAUCUAGCAAGUGUGGAGACUGAGUUUUUGGAUGUUUCAAACCUCAGGCCAGAAUACAAUAUUUACAAGGCUGUGUAUUCCCUGGCAUAUGCCCUUGAUGAUAUGCUGCGCUGUGUGCCAGGGAGAGGGCCUUUCAGUGGGCACAGCUGUGCGGCUUUGCAAACACUGGAGCCAUGGCAGCUUAUACAUUACUUGGAAAAGGUCAACUUUACAACAACAUUUGGGGAUCAAGUAUCAUUUGAUGAGAAUGGUGAUGCCUUACCAAUAUAUGACAUCAUAAACUGGCAGUGGCUCCCUGAUGGAAAAAUAAAUGUUCAGAAUGUGGGUGUUGUUAAGAAGUCUGCCUCCAAAGGUGAAGAACUCACACUUGAUGAAGAAAACAUCUUCUGGAGCUUUGUCUUCAAACAGCCACCCCAGUCCAAGUGCAGUGAGAGCUGUUCUCCAGGUAGCCGCAUGACCAGAAAAAAGGGACAGCCUGUUUGCUGUUAUGACUGUGUCGCUUGUUCUGAGGGAAAGUACAGCAAUGAAACUGACUCCAUGGAGUGCAGCAGUUGUCCAGAGGACUUCUGGUCCAGCCCCCAGCGUGACCACUGUGUUCCUAAAGAAACGGAGUUCCUCUCUUAUCAAGAGCCUCUUGGUAUCUGCUUGACAACCGCCUCUUUACUCGGCACGUGUAUCUGUGCUGUUGUCCUAGGAAUCUUUAUCCAUCACCGUAGCACACCCAUGGUACGCGCCAACAAUUCAGAACUGAGUUUCCUGCUCUUAGCAUCACUUAAGCUAUGUUUCCUGUGUUCACUGCUGUUUAUCGGCCGUCCCAGAAUGUGGACAUGUCAAUUGAGACAUGCAGCAUUUGGGAUAAGCUUUGUACUUUGUAUCUCUUGUAUUCUUGUUAAAACCAUGGUGGUUCUGGCUGUGUUCAAGGCCUCCAAGCCAGGAGGUGGAGCCAGUCUGAAGUGUUUUGGUGCUGGACAGCAGAGAGGGACAGUUUUGCUUCUUACAUCCAUUCAGGCAGUGAUUUGUACUGCUUGGCUUGUCUCUUCCUCACCAGUGCCUCAUAAAAACACUCAAUACUACAAUGACAAAAUAGUGUAUGAGUGUGUAGUCGGGUCCACAGUUGGAUUUUCAGUGUUAAUGGGUUAUAUUGGCCUACUUGCUAUACUUAGUUUCCUGUUAGCAUUUAUGGCAAGGAAUCUUCCAGAUAGUUUCAAUGAGGCCAAACUCAUCACUUUUAGCAUGCUGAUCUUCUGUGCUGUGUGGGUGGCCUUUGUUCCUGCUUACAUAAACUCCCCAGGCAAAUAUGCAGAUGCAGUAGAAGUAUUUGCCAUCCUAGCCUCCAGUUUUGGCCUCUUGAUGGCACUGUUUGGUCCCAAAUGUUACAUUAUACUGCUGAGACCAGAGAGAAACACAAAGAAAGCUAUCAUGGGUCGUGGAAUAACCAAGAUGGAAAUGUAG